UCCCAUCUUGAAAAUAAAAUGACCUUCUUUGAUACUCUUUCUCGCUCCUAUGUUGAUGUUGACCUUACCAAGGGCAUUGAUACUGAACAAUUCCUUGAGGCUACCGAGGGUCUUGUCAAACUUUUCGAUUUACUUGGUUCUAAAGCCUUUGCUGUUGUUCAAAAUGAUAUGAAUGGCAACAUCAAGAAAAUUAGAGAACGUUUCUUGUCUAACCCAACUGCCAACAGCACACUUCAAGAGUUGUUGUUGACCGAAUCCCCCGAAAAGAAGAGAGUUGCUACCGAAGGUCUUCUCUGGUUGUCUAGAGGUCUUGACUUUACCGCACAAGCUUUACGCCGUAGUUUGGAUGAUGGUAGUGAAGAAUUAGCUGCUUCCUUCACCAAAGCCUAUGAGCAAACAUUAAGAAAGCAUCACAACAUGCUUGUUCGUCCCGUAUUUGGCCUUGCCAUGAAGGCCUGUCCUUACCGUAAGGACUUUUAUGAAAAGAUUGGUGUCAUCACUGAUGAAGCCACAGCACAAAUGAAGGGAUGGUUAGAAGCUCUUGAGAACAUUAUUCGUAUCAUUCAAGGCAUUUUCGCUGCCAACCCUGCUUAUAUUAAGGGCAUGUAAAAAAAAUAUAUAUAUAUAUAAAAUAAAAUAAAAUAAAAAAGCUUUAUUUAUUCAUAAAAA